AAUUGUGAAUCGUUUAGUGAAAAUCCCUAUUUAAUCCACGACCAUGGCGCCGAUAUUUCUAUGAUAAAUAUAGCCAUACUUAUUCUAUGAUACAAUGUUCCUUCUUUAAUCUUUUAAGUUUAAACAUUUUAUAAACAUCGCCAUAUAUCUCGUAUAUGUGACUUUGCUUACUAUAUGCAAACAAUAAGAUACAAAUUUCAAAAGAAAUUUUCAAUUGUCAUUGAUAUUUAAAUAUUUGUGUUUUUUCAUUAGCUUUUAAAAAUGCGAUUUGUAUCAUUAUUGCUGUUAACAGCAGUUUUUAUAAAUAUUAAUGCAGCACUACGUAAUUUUCUAAGAGGUAGAAGUAAAGAUGGAAAUCUAGGUAUGUUGCUUUCACACAAAAAACACAAAUGGCUUCCUAAGGAGCAAUGGUUUAUUCAAACGCUUGAUCACUUUAAUCCAAUAGAUACACGUGUUUGGAAGCAGAGAUAUUUUCAGAAUACAGAAUAUUAUAAACCUGGUGGUCCUAUGUUCCUUUUAAUCGGUGGUGAAGGAACAGCCACUGCCAAGUGGAUGGUGGAAGGACAAUGGAUCGAAUAUGCUAAACAAUUUGAAGCAAUGUGCUUUCAACUUGAACAUCGCUUUUAUGGGAAAAGUCAUCCAACUGUAGAUAUGAGUGUGAAGAACUUAAUUUAUUUAAAUUCAGAACAAGCACUUGCAGAUAUAGCAUAUUUUAUAGAAAGUAUAAAUGAAAUUUAUAAGGUAUUAGAUAAUAUAAAAUGGAUUGUUUUUGGAGGUUCUUAUCCUGGAUCAUUAGCUGCGUGGAUGCGUGUAAAGUAUCCUCAUCUUGUACAUGGAGCUGUGUCUAGUAGUGCUCCAGUCCUUGCACAAGUUGAUUUUCAACAAUAUUAUGUUAUUGUUGAAAAUUCUCUUAAAGAAUAUUCUGAAGCAUGUGUAGACGUGAUAGCAGCUGCGAACAAACAAUUUCAUAUGAUGUUACAUCAUCCAAUAGGUCAACAAGGCAUUGUUAAAAAAUUUAACCUGUGUGAUCCAAUAGAUAGUGGAUACACAAAACGCGUCGAUAUUUCGAAUUUAUAUGAAACGAUAGUAAGUAAUUUUGCAGGUAUUGUCCAGUACAAUAAAGAUAAUCGUAACAAUUCAAGAAUGGCUAAUUUGACCAUCGAUGAUGCAUGUAACAUUCUAAUGAAUGAAAAAAUAGGUAUACCCAUCGACAGACUCGCUUAUAUAAGUAAUAUGAUACUGAAUGCAAGCAAAGAAAAAUGUUUGGACUUUAGAUACGAUAAGAUGAUUCAUGAAUUAAGGGAUGUAACAUGGGAUUCUGAAGGAGCGGAAGGAGGUCGGCAAUGGAUAUAUCAAACCUGCACAGAAUUUGGAUUUUUUCAAACAUCGACUGCUCGUCCAAAUUUAUUUAGUGAAAUGUUUCCAGUAGAAUUCUUUAUUCAACAAUGCAUUGAUAUUUUCGGACCUAGGUAUAAUAUAGACUUACUUAAUAAUGCUGUGAAGCGAACCAAUACUCUAUACGGAGCACUUAAGUUAAAAGUAAAUAAUGUAGUAUUCGUGCAUGGAUCUGUUGAUCCAUGGCAUGCACUAGGUAUUACAACAUCAUUAACUCCUGAGGCUACUGCUAUUUAUAUCAACGGCACUGCGCAUUGUGCUAACAUGUAUCCAUCUACCGAACAUGACCUGCCUCAGCUAAAAGCAGCUAAAGCACAAGUUGGACGAAUAAUCUAUCAGUGGUUAAAGAACUAAGUUUACUUUCUCUAAUAUAUAAUAUAUUUUAUGUGAUAUUAGGAAAUAAGUUUAAACAAGAUAUUUUGAAAUAAAAUAAUGUAAUCUUUUA